AUGGACACUACACUCGAUGGUUCAAGUACGGGGAAUUCCAGCAGCCCCUUGAAGCGGGAGCCGCCGUGCUCUCGUUGCAGGCAGAAGAAGAUAAGAUGCGACAAGCAACGGCCCUGCGACCAAUGCAAGAGAGGUGGUUAUCAUUGUCUGUACGAUGAAAAUUCCGACAGUACAGACGAUGGCGCCAAGUACACUGCGUUACAAAAUCGUAUCGUCCGGCUGGAGGCUCAGCUGAAGGCUGUGACUUCGGGAGCCCCAACGAGGGGUAGAGGGAGCGCAAGUGAAACAGAGAUGCCUCAGUCCGAAUCCCCGCUCGACUGUAGCUGCGGCCGGCAGAUAUUCAACACGAACUUCUCGAUCCACUAUGAUUCCGGCAUUCACUGGGUUGAUCUGUUCCCGAGUCUGCGCGAACUCUAUUUUCAGGCCUCUGCUGAGGCCGAGUCGAAAUGGAGCCAGGAAAAACGGGGUCCAGUCCUCACUGGGGCUGUUUCUCCUGAUAGCCUGGCCCUGGCCAAGUAUUAUCCCACUUCAGUUGAAGCCGAGCUGCUCAUGUCCAUCUUUUUCGAGAAUGUCAACCCUUUCGUACGCGUGCUCAAUAAAAAUGCAUUCCAGAGCGAUAUGCAAAGAUACCGUACAGGGAAGCAUCCUCAACCGGAGCUCGUUGACUCCCUGCUUUUCUCUAUCUAUGGGCUUGCAGUCAUGUCCCUGGAGUCGCAAAACGCCGUUGAUAUGUUCGGCCUCCCUAAAGAAUGGUUGCUGGACAAGUACCAAGAAGCCCAGGAGAUUGCCCUUCACAGACUUAAUUUCAUCCAUAGUAGCGAGCCUGCUGUGUUUCAAAAUUUCCUUUACUACCUAGUAUUUCUCUUUGAACGAGGGUCCUAUCGAACAGCAACUACGCUGUUGGGUCUGGCCGUCCGCAUUGCCCAACGGAUAGGACUCCACAAGGAUCCCUCCUGGUUCAGCUACUCCCCAUGGAUGUCCGAAUGGCGAAGGCGACUGUGGAAUCAGUUGAUUUUACUUGAGCAAAGGGUAGUUGCAUUUGACGGCACGCAAUCCUUGCUCAGUUUCCCCUGGGACACUCAGCUCCCGCUGAAUGCUGAUGAUGGGGCAUGGAAUACAAGUUUAUUCAUGAAGCCCAGCGAGAUACCCUCUCCGACCCAAGACUUCACGGACAUGAGUCCCAUUCUUGUCAAACGACAUGUACUUUCCAUUCUCUGUCCGGUACGACAAAAGAUAAGGACACGUCCGUACCCACAGCAAGUGCAACAUAUAGAAGCCGGGUUCAAGGAAGCAACUCACUUUUUCCAAUCGGUGGGAACUGACAAACAGGGCUUAGCAAACUUUGUCCAGGCCGUCUGUGAGAUUGAGUUUGGAAACCUGCGUCUCAUGGCUGGACAGGCAGUCGUGAGGUCUGGGAGCGCGAACUCCGAGUUUUUGAACCAACUGUAUCUUGAAUCACUCGCGCUUUUGGAGCGGAUUGCUGCUGUUAGGAAUUCCGUGCCGAAUCCUGGGUGGCUAUGGUACCUCCGGACGUCGCCACCCGUUUUUGCCAUCGCCAUCACCCUAACACAUUUGUGUUCCGAGCCGGCAAACUGCCAUUCUGAGCGAGCUUGGAGGCAGAUCAACGGUUUUGAUGAGUACGGAAAGGAGAAUGGGACUAUACAAUCUGCAUCAAUGGCCGCUCUGCAAAGUUUAAGAGAAACCGCCAUGUUAUCGUCGGGCUUUCCUGCGGAUCGGCCUGCAGUUGCUUAUAGCGACGAUCAAUAUAUGCUGCAAAGUCCAGGGAAUAUUGACACCGACUAUCUGAUACAGCCUGCCGCGGAUCUUUUCAGUGAUAUGUGGUCCAAUUCGCUGUUAGGGGGAUCACUUCCAACCAUAUAG